AUGGAACCACACACGUCCGAAAGUGACGAGCUGGAGGCCGUAAGACAUGAACUCGAGGUUUUAGAGCUAUGGGCUGAUGAUCCUUACCAAAGAUGCAAUCGGAGGAGGAACAUGAACAACGAAACGGGUCGGGACUCUUGGAUACGCGAGGCGUGUAGCCGAGCUGCCUUGGCUUCCAACCAAGUGCUCACCUUCGCAGCUGCUCCGCCGGUGACCGUGUUAUCCGUGGAGAGGUAUCUGAAGGAUACCACCAAGAAGACACGCGCCGGCUACUUUCCUGCUAGCAGGGUAUCCACGCGUUCCACUUCCUCCAGAGAAGUGAGAGCUCCUGCUCUUUUCGCCUCGCCAGCAGACCCGUAUACCAGCGAGGCGACCACUUCUGCCGGUGCCACCAACGAGGUGCCCAGUCCCAAUCCUUUCACCAGCGAGGUGACCACUUGUGCCUCUUCCAUCACCAAGGCACCCAAGCGUACUGGCUUCCAAUACCUCUAUGAUGUGACUAUCUCCGACGGCGUGUACCGGGAGAGAUGCUUUCUGGCCCCUGAGUUGAGCCGCUUGGUGCACACCAAUGCCCUUCGCUGUGGCCUGCGGGUGAAAAUCACAGAGGGUUCGUGCGCUUUCGUUCAUAAGUUUGGUACCUGGCUUAUGAGCAUAGAACAGCUUGAAGUUGUUGGCGCGGCCAGUGGAGGUGAUGCUGCCCGAGGUCAAGAGCUUCCCGAGUACAAAAUGAAGGCGCUCAUACCGCUGACGGGGAGUUGGACGUACUAUCUUCCACUGUGGAAUAAUGAAGAUCCGUAUGGGGAAACAUGGCCGGGGGAAAAGACUUCACAAAAAGCAGUUCCAGAUGGUGAGUUGACUGCUGCAGGGUGGGUCAUCCAUAGUGGGUUUUUUGAAUCUCUUGUUGUUUUCCUAGACACUGCAAUAACAACUCUUGCAAAUCUGGAGGAAGACUUUGGCGACAAAAUAGGCAAUAAGAUUAAAACUGGCCCCCAUCCUAUUAUCAUUAAAAUAACCCAAAGGGGGAGACUUCAGUACUAUGGAAAGUCCAGUCUGGCUGUUGAUAAGCCGUUCCAGGCAUCCUUCAAAGUAGCUGACCAUUCCGGUUCUAUGCCCAUGGUGCUGUGGAAUGAGUUGUGUUAUGAUUGGUAUAACAGUAUGGAGGUUGGCACUGUGCUGCUUCUGGAAAACUAUGGUGUUAAAAGAAGUCACCUUUUAAAAACAAAGCCAACUCUUGGAGCCAUUGGCACGAAAAAAUCGUUCUCAAUAGAACUAACACUAAAUGCUGGGCAAAGACCUACAGUUAUUACCAUCAUUCCAGAAAAUGAAGUUAAAGCGCAAUGGAGAUUGCCCAAAAUUAACUAUCGGUUUAUCCCAAGAUCCAGGUUGCAUGUCACACCAUACGCGGAUGACUGUGAUGUAGUUGGGCUUGUGAAAUUUGUGGGAAGGACUGAGCGCAAAAGAAAAACAGAGUGUGGAGAAAACUUUUUGAUCUAUCGUUGGGUGAUGGUUGCUGAUGGAACCUCAGACAAGACUUUCAUUCUGCAAUUGUUUUCUUCAUCUCAGCCUGACAUAUUUGAGAAAAUCCACCCAAUGUCACAUUUCGUAUGUACACACAUGAAGGUGAUCGAAGAGAUUGCAGAGAAUGGCUCCUCUACAUUUUACCUGAGAACUACUGAUGAAAGUCAAAUGUCUAUUUCAGAGUGGCACAAAGGCCAGCCAUAUGAAAAAGAAGGCAGAGUAAAAAGCGUUGCUCAGUGGAUGAGAACUCAGCAGGAACCAUCUCAUAUGAAGGAAACUUUCAUGGGUGGAUAUUAUCCUUUGCCACCAGCCCCAGACACUUUUCUGAAGUACUGUAACACUGCUGCAGUUGAUCAAGUGUUGAAAACCGUCAAUGAAAUUGGGGAGGAGAUUCAAAAAAUGCACUACAGGGAACACAAACGCUUUGCUAUUCAGGGGAUAAUUGGUGCUAUAAAAUAUAUCGACUGCACCAAGAUAUCUCCUGAUGCCUCAGUUGGGGCACCAGAACAGACCAGCCAAGAAUCUGCAGCAGGAACAUCUGCACAAACCUCCCAAUUACCUGAACAGCAACCUACAGAACCCAGAAAGUGUCGAGCAAAGAGAAAGAUUAGGACUGUGGAGUCAGAUGAAGAUCAGCAGGAUGCAUCACCAGCAGAAAGAAGUGCUCAAGUGCGAAAGAAGCGCAGGAGAAGCGCUUCCAAGGCUGGUUCUGUAAAUCUUCCACCAAGUUAUUGGGAAAAUAGCCUCUGGGCUAGAAUGAAAAACAACGUAGAGCAGCACUUGCAUUACAGCAGCGUUUUCCCAGAAAGCUUUCCUUUGAAAUUUAAUUAUGAAAAUUCAGAUUCUCUCAUGCAACUGUACAAUCUCCAAGCAGCCAAAUACAAAGAUGUACCAACUGGAGAAGCUGAAAAUGAGUAUGCCUGUCCUUAUGAAUACUAUCAAGUGACUAUUAUCGGAAUGGAUUAUGACACAGCUAUAGAUGUUGCCCUCCUGCCUGUGUGUUACCCUGAAAAUUCAGACUUACUUCAAGCAGCAGGCAUGCAGUGUGCAACACUGAAGUUGCCUCAUACAAGUCAGCGGGAGACUGCUCGUGGACUUUCUCGUGGGCUGAGGAGAACACCUCUGAUCUUCAUUCUGGAUGUCUGCUCUUUGGGGGAAGAGAAAGUCGAAGUCUUUCUUAACAAAGUGUAUAGAGUGACAGGUGUGAAUGUGGUCUGUUUGGGGUGGACUCUCCUGUGGCAGAUGCAAGGGGGCUGGUGGUCAUUCCCAAUUCCACCAACCACCAAGCCUGCACUUGGAACACUGAGUUUGCUGCCGUCGCAUCGCCAUGGGUUGCCCUGA